AUGUCGCUCUGGGAGGGGAUGCUCUGUCCCCACACGCUCCAGGGCAAGAGCUCCAGGGAGAUCUUCCUCCAUGUGGUGACCCCCGACCGCAUCCCGCAGUUUACUAUCCCCUCUCUGGACAUCCACAAGAAGCACAGGCGCUCAGACCCUACUGCUCAGGCAGCUCUGUCCCUGCCUCAUCUCCCCAAGGUGACCACCCCGUAUGGCUUUGUCACCCUGGGGCAGAGCCCACAGGUCACCAGUGAAGAGGCAUUGUUUUUUCACUCAGGCUCAGGUUAUCCUCGAGGUCCUGCUGCUCAGAUACGUCCCAGUUCCCAGGAGGAGCCGGGAUGCUGCAGACACCCUGGGAUGCCUGUUGCUGGAGGAGGUGGCUGCUCCCGGAUGGAUGGAGGCCUGAGGGACCGCAAGAAGCCGAGUCCCCAUGCCACUGGUCACAAGGACGACGGAGGCAGCCAGGCCUACAGGAGCCCAGCAGGGCUUCCCCUGCCCAGGAGAUGUGCCAGCCCGCUCAGAGACAUCCAGAUAACGGAUGUGCUGGAAAGCAAAGAGGCAGAGAAGAGAGAGAGGAGGCUCCUGGAGGUGGGCUAUCGGAGGAGCAGCACCAGCCCGGAGCUCCCCGCUGGGACAUCCAGGAAGAAUUUGCUCCAGAGGAUCCUCAGGAGGCACCUUGCUUACCCUCGGCAGCUCAAGCCUACGAAUUUCACGCUCCAUUGA